AUGUCGUCCGGAGGCACACAGGGGUACACAGGGCAAGCUCCUGAAGGCCUUGACGAUUGCGACUACUUCUCACGGAAACAAAGGCUGCUCGCGGUUCUUUUCCGGUCUGUUGUCACCGGGCCAGUCGCACUCGAAGCUGCCCGAACACACCUGGGGUGCGACGUUCUGGCAGCUUGUACCGGUGUCGCCAGAGUCAAAACGUCGAAUACGCACUCUCCCUUAAAAGCGAGCGCCCCGACGGUGAAAGGAGGGUCCUGUCGCUGUACGGAAGCUACUGGAUACCGCACUGCGCAAAAAUCAAGAGCUGUUCCGCGUAGUGGCGGCGCUCGCCGGCAGAAUGCAGACGAGGACCCGAAGGACAAAAACGGCUUGACACGCCUUCAUGCCGCUGAGUGUAGGGGCACAGCGACGGUCCCUUCGCCUAAUGGAUCGGUUGGGCUACAGUCUGGCAAUGACGGAGGGCGCAAAAGAAAGCUCUAUGACGAAGAGCUCCCCGUGGGCGUUUACUUUCAUCAGCAGAAAUAUGUUGCCAACUGGGUAGAUCCGAAAACCCGCAGACAGAUUAAAGUGUGCUUCCCCAUCGACGUAUGGGGAGAUGCUCCAGCGCGCAGCAUGGCCGUUAUCGCCCGGCGUCAGCGAUGCACGGACGUCAGCGAGGUGGAAGGUCUUUUCAAGAUUGCGAAGGGGGACAGAAGCACGUCACCUCACAGAAGUUUACCGAAGGAGAACGUUAUGCACGCUUCCAGCUCUUCUGCGAACAGCCCACUGGCGCCGUCGCUCGAAGAAGCCGUGCAUCUGGACAAUCAAGAAACACGGGUGCAGCGCCUCGUUGCCAAUAGCGCCUAA